AUGGAAUCGUAUUUAAAAAAUAGGGAAGCAUUGGAACUUUUGGCUAUAUCGCAUGAAGUCACAAUCACACAAGAAAUCAAAACUAUUAUUUUGAAUACCGAUAUAUGGGUAAAGCUAGACGAGAUUGUAAAUAUUUUACAGCCACUUGCGACGGCCAUUCUUUCAACAGAGAGAGACACAUCUGUACUUUCUGAUGUUUAUUACACUUUUGAAAAUUUAAAAAAGGGCCUGUCACAGGUAUUGGAUGAGUCUGUGUUUUUAGAUGCCGAAGACAAAAAUCUACUACUAGGUCAUGUUAGCAGUCGAAAAGAUUUUUGCAUGCAAUCUAUACAUUUUGCUGUCUAUCUGUUGGAUCCGAGACAUUGCGGCAACGGGUUGAGUGAUGAAGACAUUUCAAAGGCAACUGAAUACAUUCAGGAAUACUGUGUAUCUAGCGGCUUAGAUGUAACAAAUGUUCUGACGAACAUGGCAGAGUUUACAACAAAAACGAAUUUUUUUCAAGAAUCAAAGCCUAUUUGGUCUCCAGCGAAGAAGCUACAACCCAGAAUAUGGUGGCAAACAUUUGCCUUAAAUCAAAGUGUUGGUGCUAUAGCUAUAAAAAUUUUAAGUGUACCGCCAUCAUCUGCGGCUUCGGAAAGAAACUGGAGUAUGUUUGCUCACACACACACAAAAUUAAGAAACCGCUUGAAACAAUCGAGAGUUCUCAAACUAAUAAGUAUCAGGUCGAAUCUUAAUUUAUUGAAAAAGAAAGAUGAGAAGAUUUUAUAUAAUGAUUCUGAAGAUGAGGAUAGUAAAGAUGGCGAGGUUGAACAUGUGACUACAAGUAACACUGAUCCCCUUGUUUAA